ACGCCUCCUGAAAUUGGCUGUGGAGCGUAGGUAUGCUCUUGCAGAAGCUCAAUGUAAGUAUAAUCAGUCUCUCUAUGCGGUUGCAGCCGCCAUUAGGUUGUUUGUGGCUAGGCAUUCCUCUCCUUCUUCUCCUUUCCUCAUCACUUUCCCGGCUACUACUUCCACUGAUGAGGCUGCUGAAACCCCUAUCACCAAUCCCAUGUUCUUUAAGCAAAAACCAACUGAGCCCACCCAUGAGACCAUUUCUUGUCACUCAUCUCUUUCAACGGUUUUUAUGAAGAGAGGGAAUCAAGAUCAAGGACAUGAUGAAGUUCCAAGAACUGAAGAAGGUAAAGAGGGUUGUGUUGAGUCCUCAGAAGAGCAAGAGGGUGAAGAGGAGGAAGAAGAAGAUAUCAUUUGCGAGCAUUUCUAUGGCGAAGAGGCUCCACCGGCAAUGCCAUCACCAGAGAAGGAGUUUGCCUGGGAUUUCUUCAACCCUUUUGAUGAGGUGAGGACAGGGAUAGUGAGCAGCUUUAGUGACAGUUCUCAGGAGGAAUUGAGAGCAGUGAGAGAGAAAGAGGGAAUCCCUGACCUGGAAGAAGAUGGCGUGAGAGUUAUGAGUGAGAGAAAGGUUGAGAAUGUAACAAAUGCUGAUGAGGCAAGUAAAAAUAAGAACAAAAAUACAGAUUUGAAUAUUAAUGGGGAUGAGCAUGCCGCUAAUAUGAGCCAAGGUGAAAAGAAUAGUUUCAGAAUGAUUAAGACACCUACAGCUACUAAUGAGAGAGAGUUGUUGGAAGCUUUAAAGGAUGUCGAGGACCAUUUUCUCAGAGCAUAUGAAUCUGGUUUGGAUGUCUGUAGAAUGUUAGAAGCCAACAGAGUUCAGCUGCAAUCUGGUUUGGAGGAACUUAAAGAUAGCUCGAAUAAACUUAUCCGGUCAAUUACUUGGAGCCGGUCUCCGUUAUCCCGGUCUUCUUCCUGCAAAAGCCUUGUUUCAUGUAGUUCCAGAAGUUCUUCUACAUGGACAGAAUUAAAGACUGAGAUGUUUGAUGAUUAUGGGGGGGAUGGAAUCUGGAAGCCACUCUUUGACCCUAGGAAGGUUGUAUGCUUGGGAAAAGAAACUCUAUAAGGAAGUGAAGGCAGCAGACCAGACCAGGAAAACUUAUGAC